AUGACUCAGCAUAACGUUCAUAUUCUUGAUCUUCCUGAUGAAAUAUUACUUCUCGUUUUGAAGAAACUCGACAAUAUUGAUGUUCUUUACUCUUUACUCGGUAUUAACAAUCGUCGACUUGAUGUUAUAGUUCAAGAAAAAAUCUUCACUGAUGUUCUUAGUUUUGUUUCCAUAUCAAACUUAACUGAAGAAAUUUCUCCAAUUUCAGCCUUAGCAUUAAAUCGAUUUCGUAAUGGCAUAUUACCAAGAAUCCAUAAAAAUGUCAAAUCGUUCAUUGUUGAGUCUGAUUCUUUCGAGUGCAUUCUUGGUGCUGCUACUUAUCCCAACCUCACUCAACUUAAAAUUUUCAAUUUCAACAGAGCAUUCGUUUCACGUUUUUUCUUGGACGAUUCUCCUCUUCAACAUAUUGGUAAACAACAGAUUACGGACCUUAUUCUAAUCAGUAAUGAAAACAAUAAUGAAAUAGAAAAAAUUGAGUAUGCCAAGCAUGUUUAUGCAAUUAUUUUUAAUUUCUUUAAAAAUCUAAAGCAUUUAAGUAUUGUGCACCCAGCUGUCCAUGAUUAUCCAUCUUUAUCGUUAAAUAAUUUAUCACCAAUGACUUUUUCUUCUUCGACACUUACCAAAUUAUGUAUUGAUGUCAAUGAUUUUGAUGAUUGUCUUGCUUUGCUUGAUGGCCGCCUCAAAAACUUAGCUAUACUUGCUGCUCAAAUUAAUUAUAUCCAUAGAUUCGCAUUCACAUCUCACAAUAUGGAUGAUCUACCCGGUUUAAAAUCUUUUUCAUUAAUAUGUAAUCGUAGUACUAAAGGAUAUACUAAUUUAGUUAUACCUCUUCUUCGUCGAAUGUCAAAUCUAGAAGAAUUAAAUUUAUAUAUUCAUAUCUUACGUGGACACACAUUCGUCUCUGGCGUUGAUCUUCAUAAUGAAAUUCUUAUUCAUAUGUCACGACUUCACACAUUCACAUUUUAUCUUGCUUCGGAAACUAUUAUUACUGAUCCAACAAUUCGUAUAUCUGAAUCAAAUAUUCAGAAAACUUUCGAAAAUGGGAAAUAUCAACAGGUGAUUUGUAUGGUAGAUUAUUCUGAUUCUAACACAUUAAUUUGUCGUGCUUUCACGCUUCCAUUUAACUUUCAUCGCCUCGAACAUAUCAGCUAUAAUAUUCCAAAUAUUAUAUUUAAUUCUGUUACUUAUUUAAAAGUAUGUGAUGCAACUCCAUUCAAGCAUGAAUUUUUUGUUCGACUUGCUAAAGCUUUUCCAUUUCUUAAAAGUUUAUCUAUUGAUAAUAUUUGGCCACCAUUUUUGAAAGCUGAAAAACCUUAUCAUCGCGAUAAAGACUGGUGCUCACUUGUUCAAUAUCCGUAUCUUAUUUCACUUGACAUCCAUCAUGCUGCAGUUAAUUAUGUUGAACAUUUUCUCAGUGAAAGAGAAAUUUAUCUACCUCGCUUAACUGAAUUAAAAGUUUUUUAUGAAGACUUGGCAACAGUAACACAUAACUUUACAAGAGAUGAAACGCGACGUAAUUGUGCUCAAGUAAAAAAAUUAAUAAUUGGACGUUGCACUUUUUAUCCAGAUGCUCUUUGUGUUUAUUUUCCUUUGUUACCAUAUUAG